AUGCAUCUUCUGGGCUGCAUCCCUCUUUCCGUCCUCUCCCUGGUCUCGUUGGUGGCUUCCUCCCAGGUGCAAUGGGCUCGACCACCAACAGUUCAGUCCUCGACUUUGGUCGACAUCCUCAACGCAGACGAAGACUAUACUUUACUCCUUUCUUUACUGCAACGCACAAGACUCAUCCCGACCUUAAACAAACUGAAUGGCAGCACUUUCUUUGCACCAACUAAUGAUGCUGUCGAACAUCACUCCCUCACUAACGGCCUUUGGCGUGAUGCUCUCACGGAGAACGGCUUCUCUUUAUUUGCCGACAAUGUGCAGGAGAGGCUACGGCAGCAGCUUUUCUAUCACCUACUCAAUUACACUCUGCCGACUUUGCCUACCGACUCAACCCCACAUGUUCUCGAAACACUUCAUUUUCCUAAACCUUACGUCGAGCCUCCAACGAAUGAACCCCCACCAUCUCCACCAUGGAUGCCAUUACCUCAAAGCACCCUAGGUAACAAACCACAGCGUCUCAGAAUUACUUCAAGGGAUGAAGAAUCUUGGGUUGGCGUUAAUGCAUUUGGGGAGGGAGGCGUGAAGAUAGUAAAGGAGAAGGCGGCAGCUGACAAUGGAGUUGUGUACGGUGUUUCUGAGGUACUCGAGUUACCCCUUGACCUAGAACAAGUUGUUUUGCAGCAGCCAUCGCUGUCUUACUUCCGCAAGGUCGUCACUCCAAGCAUUCAAAAGCUACUCAACACGACUCCUGAGUUAACUUUGUUCAUGCCUGUCGACUCCGCAUGGCAGAUGCUUGACCCUCUAGAGCGCCUUUAUCUCGAAAGCGAAUUUGCCACGGAUGACCUGAACAGGAUUGUCAAUAUGCACGCUGUGGUGGAGCGGCGUGUCAAGUGGUCUGAUUCGUUUAAACCCGCUGUUAACUUUACCUCUGUGGAGGGAACGAAGCUAGAAAUAAUAGUAUCGGAUGAUAAGAUAAAGGUCUCCGAUGCCGAACUUGUAGAACCUGACAUCUACGCCAGCAAUGGCGUCUUGCAUUUGGUAUCCUCGCUGCUUAUCCCCCCAGGCGCUUUGCAAUUAACACCUGAGAAGUAUCUUCUUGCUUUGAAUUGCACCUCCUUCAUUUCUCUUAUACACUCGGUUAACCUCACCCACCUGAUCAAUGACACUGAAACUGAAUAUACGAUUUUGGCACCGAAAGAUGAUGUCUUAUCGUUGUUUGAGGACGAUGGCUUACCGAAAAAGGGUACCGAAGAGCUGAAGAAGUUAUUACAAUACCAUUUCAUCCCGGGGAAAUGGCUUCCGAAGAAGCUGAAGAAUGGCAUGCUACUUGAAACCGUUCUUCAAGACGUCGGACUGGAUGGCGGAAGACAGGUGCUGGACGUCGAGGUGGACGAUGACGGAAAACAGGCCUCUGUCCAGAGAAACGUCAGAUUUGGUGGAGCUGGCAGUAUCGGUGAUCAUCUUGAAAUCAACAACACAGUAAUUUAUUUCGUGUCGCGCCCCCUCGAAGCGCCAUCUGACCCGCUGGCUAUGGCUUUACCUUCCCUGGAGCUUUCUUCAUUCCUUGCUGCUAUAUUUUCCACUUCUCUUGCAGAGAUGCUAAAGACAACUCCUCGGACUACUGUCCUCCUUCCUCCUAAUUCUGCUUUCAAACGGCUGGGUUCACUCGUUAGUGAUCACUUACUGGCGGCAUCUUCCAAGUCUGAUCUAGAGCACGUGAUCAUGCACCAUAUUAUUGAUGGUGUCGAGUACUCCCAAAAUUUGGUGGAAGGUUCGCAACGUACUUUUGCCACCCUCGAAGGUUCCGAUCUACAACUUGAACGGCCUGGAAAUGGAACAGUUAUUCUCAGCGCCAGUGGAGGUUGGCCCAGCAUGAAGAGUGAACUAUUCCCAAAGAACAUGCUAACGAACACAGGCGUCAUCCACCAAGUCUCUGACCUCAUGAUACCUCGAUCGGUGGAGUUGAACGUAGGGAAGUUGAUGAAGGCGGCUAAGGCGACGACGAUGGUCAGUAUGGUGGUGAAAGCUGGGUUCGAUUGGAUCUUGAAUGGUACUGCCCCUCCGGAAGGAUCGCAGUGGGAGCAGGAAGGCCUCAGUGGCGUGAGCUGGACAUUACUAUGCCCCACUGAUGACGCUUUCAAGCAGUACAACUUGACAAGCCUAUUCGAAAACGUUGACCACCUUCGAGAAAUAGUAAGCCAGCACCUUGUGCCCACCCCCCCGUCAUCCUCUGGCGGCUCAGAGCCAUUUGACAUGUACAACGUCAUCAACAACAACCGACCAUUACCAUUUGAUGAACUAGGUACAUAUACGACGCUAUUAUCACCGUCGUCGAUCUACGGAGAUAUCGUCUUCAAAGAAUUGGAGGAUAAGACGGCGACAGGUUACAUGGUAGGCAUCAAGGGUGCACGAGGUACUAAUGGAAAGGCAGAUUGGGCGCGCGUUCUUUCAUGGGGCCGAGCUACCACAGGAGGAGGAACUGGAGGCGUAAUUCAAAUCGAUCGUCUGCUGGAUCCUUACCAUCCUUUAUGGUGGAUUGCUUAUGGGGGACCGACUGUCGUGGGUGUGAUGGGUAUCGGUCUGAUUUGCUUGUUUUUCUAUGUGGUUCGCAUAGUGUGGAACAGAGACACCACGGAAGCGACAUAUGAACCGAGCAGUGAAGCACCGGCAGUGGAGGAAGCGAAGAAUUCUGCACUUGAAAAUGCAAAGUCUUUUAUCGCCGGUGGUUUUGGUGGAGCCUCUGCUGUGCUCGUUGGUCAUCCGUUUGAUCUCACCAAAACACGCCUACAAACCGCCGCGCCUGGUGCCUACACUGGUGCUCUCGAUGUAGUGCGGAAAACAUUGGCUAGAGAUGGUGUCACUGGCCUUUAUCGCGGUAUGGUCCCCCCACUCCUCGGUGUAACACCGAUUUUCGCGGUAUCCUUCUGGGCUUACGAUGCAUCAAAACGACUUAUAUUCUCAUUCACACCCAAUCGUACUAGCGAGAGCUUAUCCACCGCAGAGCUCGCGACUGCUGGUUUCCUAUCGGCUAUUCCGGCGACCUUGGUGACUGCCCCUGUGGAACGUGCAAAAGUAUUGCUACAGGUGCAAGGCCAAGGGGGCUCAGAGCAGAAAUAUAAGGGCGUUUUCGAUGUCAUGAAGCAUUUAUACAGAGAAGGUGGUAUUCGUAGUAUUUUCAGAGGGACUGGAGCGACAUUGGCCAGAGAUGGCCCAGGGAGUGCUGCUUACUUUGCUACAUAUGAAGUGACCAAGAAUAUGCUGACGACGAAAGGGUCAUCUGAGCUGAACUUGGGUGCAGUUAUUAUGGCAGGUGGUACCGCUGGUGUUGCAAUGUGGGCAAUCGCUAUACCCCCAGACGUAUUGAAAUCAAGACUGCAGUCUGCGCCUACUGGCACGUAUUCUGGUUUCUUGGACUGUGCAAGAAAGACCAUUGCUCAGGAUGGCGUGGCUGCACUUUGGAAAGGUUUUGGGCCAGCAAUGACACGGGCUUUCCCCGCAAAUGCUGCUACAUUCCUUGGGGUGGAGGCGUCUCGGAAAUUCAUGGAUUCAAUCUUCAGCAUGUCAUCUAAACCAAAAGCUAGCAAACCCAGGGCCGUCCCGGUUUACACCCGCUCUGUCUCAGCAUCUGAAAUUUCUCGAAACCUGGGUCAUUUUGAGACUUGGUCCACAUAUCAAGGCUGUGAACAAGUUUCUUCCACUGAUAUACCAGAAGAAUUCUCAGAAGAAUUGAACUGCAUCUUUGAUGUGGCACCCAGAUUACCUUUAAGCUGGUUAAAAGAGUCAUUCAAAUGUACACCCGAUUUCUCUGCCUUUAUACGUUCAGCCUCCAAAGAAUGCCCUACCAUGUUCUCUGAUAACAUUGAGACCUGUGAAAGUGCCGAGCUUUUUGAAGACGUCACUAUGGUCUUCUCCGUCUGGAAACGUCUUUGCAGGAUGCUGCGUUCAGAAGAAAGAUGGUCUGAAGCAGACUUUGAAGCGAAUGUCUACAAUACACUCCGCAGUCCCGCGGUGAGAGAUAGUACAUAUCGCGUUCAAUGUACACUCUCUUUACCACAACCAAUCAUCCCCCUCCAAGCUGACACAGACGUGUCUGUGCCUCGAAUUUUAAAUACGAAGACCGCAGUACCAGACUGUGCCAUCUUCGUUCCCGUCUCCACCACCCGCUCACUCUCGCAUUCAGCCAAGUCGCCUUACAAGGUCCUGAAGAGCCAUCCGCUCGUAGCCAAGGCAGGAGGUGCCACAAAAGGCUCGUCGUUCAGCUAUCAGAGUACGCCGUGUGCUCAGCUUCCUGAUUUUCCUCGCUUCGAGUUCAUCAGCAGCGUAUGGGAAGAUAAGAAGCCCAUACACACGCUCCUAGAUGAUGCAUACAGACAGAAUAGGAUGGCAACUGCGAGUGUCGUCCGUCACCUUCAUUCAUUAAAUAUACAAGCACCAAUUAUAGGACUUGUCUGGGCCAAUGGGACGGUGAGAGCGCACGUUGAUUGGUGUAAGGAGGAAACCGAGGGGCGCCCUCGUGAGGUCAUCUAUUCUGCACCAUACUCAGGGGCAAAGAAUACCAAUCGGAAUGAAACAUUCCAUGAGUGGGUACUAAACAGGCCUAGUGACAUCCUGCGGGUGUACAUCAUGAUCCGUAACAUUGACAUGUGGACGGUUGGACGUUUCCAUGAGCGUAUUGUCAAAGGCUGUCACCAGCUGGUAAAAGACGUAACAGUCAAUGGGCAGAAGUACAGUCCCUGGAAACGAGUCGGAAGCUUAGUGCCGGCUUUAACAAUAAAAGUAGCGAAAGAAAACAUAUCUACGACAACGACGACCACGCUCUCGUCAAGCCCUCCCCGCAAAGUGAAAUCAAAGCGCAGAAAGCGACGAUCAAGUCAUUAA